AAGCGCCAAGAAGUCAACAACCGUUCUUCUGGAGUCCUGCUGCCACUAAACUUUACCAAUUACUCAUCAGUUGGUAUAAAUUUCCCUCAAAUUUCAAUUCAAAAGCCUUUCUCUCUCUCUCACCAACACAAGAAUCUAUCAGAUUGAAGAACACAAACAAACGAUGAUGCCUCAGCUGUCGACGAUCACACUCCUCCUUUUCUCGCUUUUUCUUCUUUCUCCUCCCGCUUACGCCACCGAUAUUCGCUAUUGCGAUAAGAAAGCUGAUUAUGAAGUGAAGGUAAGCGGGGUUGAAAUAUCACCUAGUCCAGUCACUGGAGGUCAACCAGCUACCUUCAGCAUCUCUGCGUCUACUGGAAAGGCCAUCUCUGGUGGGAGAUUGGACCUUGAUGUUGCGUAUUUUGGAUGGCAUGUGCAUAGUGAGACCCAUGACUUAUGCACUGAGACUUCUUGUCCAGUUUCAACGGGUGAUUUUAUGAUUUCACAUUCCCAGGUUCUGCCAGAAUUUACUCCACCGGGUUCCUACACUAUUAAGAUGAAGAUUCUGGACGCAGACAAGCGUCAGCUGUCUUGCAUUGCUUUCGAUUUUAGCGUUGGAUUUGGAUCGUCUGUAGCUGCAAUAUAAAGAGAGGUUGUAGAUGUUUCCUACAACCUUUCUCAUGUAAAUUUCUGAUAUGUCUAGUAUUUACACCACAUAACCUUCUGAAACACUUCCUGACAAAAUUAUGUAGAUAUACUUCUUCCACUCUUCCAGAACUUAGUACAGAUAUGUACUGUAGACCUGUAGUAGUAUAUACGAAGUAAGUAUUUGUUUAUGGAUAGAAUUAAGUACAGAUUUACUCUAUCUGGAAUUUAGUUGCCACAUUUAUAAAA